CCCAGGGCAAGAAGAAAUCAAGAACCCUCUCAUCCUCUGGAAACUUCUCCCCAGAGAUACCUAAGUGGGCACGGCUGCUUCUGUUGUCGUUUUCGCAGCCAUGACUCUGCCUCACAGCCCAGGAGGUGUGGGGGAGCCCCGGCCCCCCCAGUCCGUGCAGGUGCACAGGCUGGAACACCGCCGGGAGGAAGAGCACAGGGAGGAGCGGCAGCACAGCCUGCAGAUGGGCUCCUCCACGCGGAAACACGCCUUCCACAGCAGCGAGGAAGAGUAUCAGUUCAGCGCCGCAGACUACGCCCUCGCAGCAGCCCUGGCUCUGACGGCCUCCUCAGAGACAUCGUGGGAGGCCCAGCUGAGGCGCCAGACCAGCACCGUGGAGCUGGAGGAGCGAGGGCAGAAGCGGGUGGGCUUCGGCAACGAGUGGGAGAGGACGGAGGUCGCCUUCCUACGCACCCAGUGGCUACUGCGCCAGAGGCGAGACCGGAAGGCGCUGAGGCGGCGGACAGAGCAGAAGGUCCGGGAGGCCAAGGAGCUGAGGGAGCUGUGUUCCGGCCGCGGGCCCUGGUUCUGGAUCCCGCUGCGCUCCCACGCCGUCUGGGAGCACACCACGGUGCUGCUGACCUGCACGGUCAAGGCCUCGCCUCCGCCCCAGAUCACCUGGUACAAAAAUGACAUGCGAAUUGAUCCCCGCCUCUUCCCUGCCGGAAAGUACCGAAUCACCAACAACUACGGGCUGUUGACACUGGAGAUUAGGAGAUGCACCAUUGAAGAUGCAGGCACCUACACAGUGAUGGUCAAGAACGCCUAUGGCCAGGCCUCCUCCUUCGCCAAAGUCCUUGUCCGCACUUACCUGGGGAAGGAUGCUGGCUUCGAUUCAGAGAUCUUUAAAAGACUGAUGUUUGGCCCCAGCGUGGAAUUCACAUCGGUGUUGAAGCCAGUAUUCGCCCGUGAGAAGGAACCCUUCUCCCUGUCCUGCCUGUUUUCGGAAGAUGUAUUAGACGCCGAGCAGAACAUCCAGUGGUUCCGAGAUGGGAGGCUGCUCAGGUCCUCCAGCCGCCGGCAGAUGCUCUACGCAGACCGCCAGGCGUCCCUGAAGGUGUCCUGCGCCUACAAGGAGGACGAGGGGCUCUACACGGUCCAGGUGCCUUCGCCCCUUGGGCUGCGGGAGCAGAGCACCUAUGUGUUUGUGAGAGAUGCUGCAGCCGAGAAGCCAGGGGCCCCAGGCUCCCCACUGAAUGUUCGAUGCCUGAAUGUGAACAGAGACUGCCUCAUCCUCACGUGGACCCCGCCCAGCGACACCCGGGGCAACCCCAUUACCGCCUACUCCAUCGAGCUGUGCCAGGGCGAGUCCGAGCAAUGGGUGCCCUGCCACCAGGCCCCCGGCGGGAGCUGUCGGUGCCCAAUCCAAGGCCUCACCGAAGGCCAGAGCUAUCGGUUCCGGGUGAGAGCCACCAGCAGAGCAGGCAGCAGCGUCCCCUCCAAGGCUUCGGAGCCGGUCGUCACGGGCGACCCUGAUGAAGCCCGGAGGAAGACAGAGAUCCCCUUUGAUAUGGGAAAAACGAUCACAGUCAGCACAGAUGAUGUUGAAGCUCUGAUUCCAGACUUCGUGACCAUCCCCUCACCCCCGACCAAUGUCCACGGCAGCGAGAUCCGCGAGGCCUACGUGGUUCUGGGUUGGGAGGAGCCGAGACCCCGGGGAAAAGCCCCACUGACAUACUUCCUGGAGAAGUCGGUCAUAGGUAGCGGCACCUGGGAGGCCAUCAACUCAGAAACGCCUGUGAAAUCCCCGAGAUUCGCCCUUUUGGAUCUGGAGAAAGGGAAGUCGUAUGUCUUCAGGGUGCGAGCGAUAAACCAGUACGGCAUGAGUGAUCCCUCGGAGCCCAGCGAGCCCAUCGCCUUGAGGGGGAUGCCAGCCACACUCCCUCCUCCAACUCAAGUUCAGGCUUUCCGAGACACGCAGACCUCUGUCUCCCUGACCUGGGAUCCUGUGAAAGACAGCCCAGAGCUCCUGGGUUAUUACAUCUACUCCCGGGAGGCAGGAUCAUCAGAGUGGCAAACAGUUAACAACAAACCCAUCCAGGGCAACAGGUUUACGAUUCCUGGGCUGAAGACAGGGAAGGAGUAUGAGUUUUGUAUCAGGUCAGUCAGUGAGGCUGGAGUUGGGGAGAGCUCAGCCGCCACGGAACCCAUCAGGGUCAAGCAGGCUCUAGCUAUACCAUCUGCUCCGUAUGACUUCGCCCUCCUGAACUGUGGGAAAAAUGAAAUGGUCAUUGGAUGGAAACCCCCUAAGCGGCGAGGAGGCGGCAAGAUCCUGGGCUACUUCCUGGACCAGCACGACUCGGAGGAGCUGGACUGGCACGCGGUCAACCAGCAGCCUGUUCCCACCCAGGUUUGCAAGAUCAGCAACCUUCAAGAAGGCCACUUCUAUGAGUUCCGUGCCCGGGCAGUAAAUUGGGCAGGUGUUGGCGAGCUGUCGGCGCCCAGCAGCCUGUUUGAGUGUAAAGAGUGGACGAUGCCCCAGCCAGGGCCCCCAUAUGAUGUGCGGGUGUCUGAGGUGCGGGCCACCUCCCUGAUGCUGACGUGGGAGCCCCCACUGUACCAAGGGGCUGGACCGAUCACAGGCUACCGCAUCAGUGUCCAGGAGGAAGGCUCUGAGCAAUGGAAGCCGGUCACUCCAGACCCCAUCUCUGGCACCCACCUGAGGAUUUCUGACUUGCAGCCGGGGAAGACCUACAUGUUCCAGGUACAGGCUGUGAACUCAGCGGGCCCAGGGCAGCCUUCCAUGCCCACCGACCCCGUACUCCUGGAGGACAAGCCAGAUGCCCGAGAGAUCGAGGUCGGUGUGGAUGACGAGGGCUUUAUCUACAUGGCUUUCGAAGCCCCCGAGGCCCCUGACUCCGCGGAGUUUCAGUGGUCCAAGGACUACAAGGGCCCGCCGGACCCAGAGAGGGUCAAGGUCGAGGAGGAAGUUAACAAGUCCAAGAUCAUCCUGAAAGAACCCGGCCUGGAGGAUUUGGGCACCUACUCGGUGGUGGUCACUGAUGCUGACGAAGAUAUCUCAGCAAGCCACACGCUGACGGAGGAAGAGCUGAACAAGCUGAAGAAGUUGAGCCAUGAGAUCAGAAACCCAGUGAUCAAGCUGAUCUCCGGCUGGAACGUUGACAUCCUCGAGCAAGGAGAGGUGCGGCUUUGGCUGGAAGUAGAAAAGCUGUCUCCGGCCGCUGAGCUGCAUCUAAUCUUCAAUGAGAAGGAAAUCUUCAGCUCACCGAACCGCAAAAUCAAUUUUGUCCGAGAGAAGGGCCUGGUGGAAGUUAUCAUCCAGAAUUUGACUGAGGAUGACAAAGGGUCGUAUACUGCUCAGCUCCAAGACGGAAAAGCCAAGAACCAGAUCACCCUGGCUCUGGUGGAUGACGAGUUCGACAAACUUCUGAGGCAGGCAGAUGCUAAGAGAAGAGACUGGAAGAGAAAACAGGGUCCGUAUUUCGAGGAGCCUUUGCAGUGGAAGGUCACGGAGGACUGCCGAGUGCUGCUGACGUGCAAGGUGACCAACACCAAGAAAGAAACCCGCUUCCAGUGGUUCUUCCAGAAGAAGGAGCUCCCGGAUGGUCAGUACGACUCGCAGACUGGAGCAGGGCUUCUCUGCAUCAAAGAGCUGUCCAAAGAGGACAGGGGCAUUUAUAGAGCGGAGGUUUCCGACGAUCGAGGGGAGGACGACACCAUCCUGGACCUCACAGGUGAAGCCCUGGAUGCCAUCUUCACUGAGCUGGGCAGGAUUGGUGCCCUCUCUGCGACCCCGCUGAAAAUCCAGGGGACUGAGGAGGGGAUCCGGCUCUUCAGCAGGGUCAAGUACUUCAACGUGAAGUACAUGAAAACUACCUGGUUCCACAAAGAGAAACGCCUGGAGAGUGGUGAUCGGUUGAGGGCAGGCACCACCCUGGAUGAGAUCUGGCUCCACAUCGUGGACCCCAAAGACUCAGACAAGGGCAAAUACACCCUAGAGAUAGCGGCCGGGAAGGAGGUCCGGCAGCUCUCAGCCGAUCUCUCAGGGCAAGCUUUUGAGGAUGCCAUGGCUGAGCACCAGAGACUGAAAGCCUUGGCCAUCAUCGAGAAGAAUCGUGCCAAAGUGGUGAGGGGCCUGCCGGACGUGGCCACGAUCAUGGAAGAUAAGACCCUGUGCCUGACCUGCGUCGUCUCAGGAGAUCCUGCCCCUGAAAUCUCUUGGCUGAAAAAUGACCAGCCCGUCACCUUCCUUGACCGCUACCACAUGGAGGUGAAGGGGUCGGAGGUCACCAUCACCAUCGAGAGGGUCAAAAGUGAGGACAGUGGGCGCUACGGUGUCUUCGUCAAGAACAAGUAUGGCUCUGAGACGGGCCAGGUCACCAUCAGCGUGUUCAAGCACGGGGAGGAGGAAAAGGUGCUGAGGGUGUGACAGUCAGAAUCAGGCACAGCCUGAGGUCUAGUCUGCGAGGACGAGGAGGGUCAACCAGUGGAUCACAGUCUGGCAUGGGCCACGGGGCAGGGCAGGGGGGAUUGGACAGGGUGGAACCCAGGACAUGAGAGUGGGGUGGGUGGACGCACCAGAGUGGAGAAGCAAAGACCUCACUGGGGUCCCAGGAGGCCUCCAGGAAAACGGGAUCAGCAGUGGACUUGGAAUGGGAGACCUACAUGCCAAACUGUUUCAACUCUAAACUCUCUGUGAGCCUUGCCUUCCUCAUCUGUCAAAUGGGAGUUUCUAUUCCUAGGGAUUGUUUUUGAAAACCCCUUGAAACCAUACACCAGUGAUUCUCAACAGGAGGCAGUUUUGUUCCCCAGGAGACAUUUGGCAGUGUCCAAAUUUUGGGGUGUUACACCUGGGGGUGUCCACUGGUGUCUAGUAGGUAGAAGCCAGGGAUGCUGCCAAACAUCACAGCUCCCCACCACAGACAAUUCAACCCUAAAUGACAGCAGUGCUGAGGCUGAUGCGCUCCGCCAUAGACGGACGUAUCACAAUACCCCUCUCUUAGGAUACUGUAUUUUCAGUUCACUUAAGUUCAACAAACAUUCAUUUGAAGUCUAGCGUGUGCCAGGUUGCAGAUGGCCUUGGGAGCACAGAGAUACACAAUAUGCAGGUCCUACCCUCGAGGACACCUUAGCCCAGGAGGAGAGUCAGACCUGAGUGCAAAUGACUCCAGGACAAGUCAGAUGGUCAGGAUUAUAAAGCAGGUGCAAAUAAAGUUCUACUGGUAGGUCAGAGGAGGGAGACAGGUGUUCAUCCCAACUGUCGAAGGUGAGCUUUAAAACACCUUCAUGGAAUUAGCAGAAUUAGUUGUUGGGCCCUGAAAAAUGAGUUGGAUUUGGUGAUGGUCACGGGAAGAGAUUUCAGGAGCAGGGGAUGGUGAGGCGUGGGGGUGGCACUGCCUAGGUGGCCUCGGAUGCCAGGCUGGAGAGUUGGAUGACCUUCAGGACUUCCAGCUCAGGGCCUCUGCCUGGCAGGACAGAUACUGGUUGGCCUUGCUUGGUGGACCUCAAUACAGAGCUGGGCCUUUCACCACACUCCAGUUUCCUUCUUUUUAAAAAGCAGAUUGGGAGGGGUGGGGUUUAUAAAGUUAGAGAUGUUUGUUGUAAAAUUUUGGAAAAUCUUAAAAAUGAUGGAGAAAAUAAAACUCAUCCAUACUCCCAACACCAAAACAUAA